AGAAAAUGCAAAAAUUAAAAAAAAGUGCAAGUUUGUUUCAGUGACAAAACGUGAUAACUCAUAUGGAGAUGAGCCAGUGCCACCAACCACAGAAGUACCGCUGCUGACAGAAAGUUCACCGCAGACACCUGCAGAGGUGGUAGCUUCAACAGUGGAACAACCAGCUCCUUCGGAACAACCAUCUAUUGAAUCGAGUGGUUAUCGCAAGAAACGGGAUAACAGUUACGGCGACGAGCCAAUAACACCAGCUGCGGUUUCAGAGGCUACUGGAUACGUGUUACCGGAAGAAGCUCCGGUUACCGCCGAGCAACCGUUGCCACCGGUUUCGCAGCCAUCUGUUGAAUCAAGCGGCUAUCGUAAGAAACGUAGCAACGAAUACGGCGAUGAACCGAUCACCCCACAACCAGCCCCAGCCUCGGCUCCAGCCAAUGCUUAUGAAGCUCCGGAACAAGCUCCUACUCCUGUGGAACAACCAGCCCCGGCACCAUAUCCUGUUGAAUCGAGUGGUUACUAAAU